AUGUAUGUAAUGGUAUACGGCCGGAGGACAGUUUCCUGCCACACAGGUAACCAGACUUCUUGGCCAACGCUCAAGACCAUGUGCACCCGGUCAUUUUCCGCGACAGCGCGCGUGAAGAGGACCCGCAAUAUUCCACCAAGCGACAUCAUCCAGCAGCUGCUGAAGCUGCAUCCAAAAGACUCGCUGGAAGGUGUACAACUGGUUCUGGCCCAACAUCGACUAGAUCACAAAGCGGUCCGCUGCACGAUGCAAGAACUCAAGGCUCAAAAACGCUUCGACCUGGUUGGCAUACUGUUUUCAGAGACGCUCAAGCACGGUGGUGCAAAGGUAGGUUUAAAAGAGUUCACUGCGGGUAUCAGUGCCUGUGCAAGGGCGCAAACCUGGCAGCUGGCCGUGCAUCUUUUCAACAGUAUGCGCAAAGCCAAGGUGGUCGCGAAUGUUUUCAGCUACAAUUCCACCAUCAGUGCUUGUGAAAAGGGUGGGCAGUGGCAGCUAGCUAUGCAGCUGCUCGAUAGCAUGAGAACAGCCACGAUAUGCGCCGAUGUCAUCAGCUACAGCGCCACCAUCAGCGCUUGCGAGAAGGGUGGGCAGUGGCAGGUUGCGAUGCAUCUGUUCGACAGCAUGCACAAAGUCCAGGUGGAUGCCGAUGUCAUCAGCUACAAUGCCACCAUCAGUGCUUGUGAGAAGGGUGGGCAGUGGCAGCGGGCCGUGCACCUGUUUGAGAGCGCUCACAAAACCAAGAUUCAUGCCGACGUCGUCAGCUACAACGCCACGAUCAGCGCUUGUGAGAAGGGUGGGCAGUGGCAGCUGGCCGUGCAUCUGUUCGACAACAUGCACAAAGCCAAGGUGAAUGCCACUGUGAUCAGCUAUAGUUCCACCAUCAGCGCGUGUGAGAAGAUUGGGCAGUGGCAACUGGCGGUGCACCUGUUCGACAGAAUGCGCAAAGCGCAGGUGGAUGCCGAUGCCAUCAGCUACAGCGCCACUAUCAGCGCUUGUGAGAAGGGUGGGCAGUGGCAAAUGGCGGUGCAUCUUUUUGAACGCAUGCGGAAAACUAAGAUGCACACCCAUGACAUCAGCUGCAAGGAGAGCAGUAACAGCUAG